AUGUACAACCUCGCCUGCGCCCGGCCGCUGGCCAAGGCCCUCCGCGCCGCCGCUCCCGUGAAGCGCUCUGCGGUCCAGCAGCGAAGAUGUCUGUCGAUACACGAAUACCGGUCCGCUGCGCUGCUCGAAUCGUAUGGCAUUGGCGUGCCCAAAGGCGGUGUCGCGACCAACGCGGCAGAGGCAGAGAAGGUCGCUAAGAGCAUUGGCGGUGACGAUGCCGUUAUCAAGGCCCAGGUCCUUGCUGGAGGUCGUGGAAAGGGCACCUUUGACAACGGCUUCAAGGGCGGCGUCAGAGUCGUCUACUCUCCCCGCGAAGCCUCCAUUCUCGCAGACCAGAUGAUUGGUCACAAGCUGAUCACCAAGCAAACCGGAGCCGCUGGCCGCCCCGUCAUUGUCGCCUCGUCGCAAGGUGGCAUGGAUAUUGAGACUGUCGCAAAGGAGCACCCCGAGGCUAUCAUCACCACCCCUAUUGACAUCCACACCGGCAAGCUAUACAAGGUCUUUAUAGACAAGGAUGCUAUGCAGAUCGAGAUCAACCCUCUCUCCGAGACGACCGACCACCAGGUCCUCGCUAUAGACGCUAAGCUCGGCUUCGAUGACAACGCCGACUUCCAGAACCCUAAUGAGGUCAAGGCCGCUAAGGUUGGUCUCAACUUCAUCAAGCUCGACGGCGAUAUUAGCUGCCUCGUCAACGGUGCCGGUCUUGCCAUGGCCACUAUGGAUAUCAUCAAGCUGAACGGCGGAACGCCCGCCAACUUCCUCGACGUUAGUGGCGGUGCCACUCCUGAAGCUAUUCGCCAGGCUUUUGACCUCAUCACAAGCGACCCCAAGGUCACUGCCAUUUUCGUCAAUAUUUUUGGUGGUAUCGUUAGGUGUGACGCUAUUGCCAAGGGUUUGAUCCAGGUCGUCGAGCAGAUGAACCUCAAGACCCCCGUCAUUGCGAGAUUGCAGGGUACCAACAUGGAGGCGGCACACAAGCUUCUCAACGACUCAGGCCUCAAGAUCUUCUCCAUUGAUGACUUGCAAGCUGCAGCUGAGAAGUCUGUCCAGUUCUCAAAGGUCGUUAAGAUGGCGCGUGACAUUGACGUUGGCGUCGAGUUCACUCUUGGUAUCUAAAGCCCUUGGUAUAGAACACCGAGCGCACUGACUGGGUGUGCGACACGCAUAGACAGGCCGUGUGGUUGUAUAUUCUAGGAAUGUGCGGAUGGAGGAUGAGGAUGAAGAUGUAUUUACUGCAAAGCAAUUAACGAAUUUGUGCC